UGAUCAGCUCACGUGGUCGAAGACGUCCAGGCGUUGCCCUGGUGACGGAAGCGUCACCGGAAGUGAGAAGGAGAGACGACGAUGGCGGACGAUACGGCGAAAACGGAUGUGCAGAUUCCUGUAAACACAGACGUCAAGAAACCUCGACCAAAGAAAGCUCCUGAACUUCCAAUCCUGGAGAGGAGAAACUGGCUCAUUCAUCUGCAUUACAUCCGUAAAGAUUAUGACACCUGUAAGGCCGUUAUUAAAGAACAGCUUCAUGACACUCAAGGCAUGUGUGAAUACGCCGUGUACGUCCAAGCUCUGAUCAUGCGGUUAGAAGGGAAGAUUCAGGAUUCUCUGGAGUUGUUUCAGAGCUGUGCCAUUCUGAAUCCCAAAAGCUCGGACAACCUGAAGCAAGUGGCACGAUCCCUUUUUCUUUUAGGGAAACACAAAGCUGCGAUUGAGGUUUAUAAUGAAGCUGGUCGUCUGAAUCAGAAGGACUGGGAGAUCAAUCACAAUCUGGGUGUUUGUUACAUCUACAUCAGAGACUUCAAGAACGCAGAAGAGAGAUUAAAUGCAGCGUUACAGCAAAACAAACACGAUCUGACCUUCAUGAUGCUGGGAAAAAUGCACUUACUGCAGGCCGACACUGAGAAAGCCAUCGAGGUGUACAAGAGCGCUGUGGAAUUUUCUCCUGAGAACACAGAGCUGUUAGGCACACUGGGGCUUCUGUACAUGCAGCUCGGCAAAUAUCAGAAAGCCUUUGAGCACCUGGGGAACGCUCUGACGUACGACCCCAAUAACUUCAAGGCCAUCCUGGCAGCCGGCAGCAUGAUGCAGGCACAUGGAGAUUAUGACGUGGCCAUGAAUAAAUAUCGUGUGGCGGCACACGCAGUCCCAGAGAGUCCACCGCUCUGGAAUAACAUUGGAAUGUGCUUCUUUGGCAAAAAGAAAUAUGUGGCCGCCAUCAGCUGUCUGAAGAGGGCCAACUAUCUCUCUCCGUUCGACUGGAAGAUUCUCUAUAAUCUGGGUUUGGUUCAUUUGACCAUGCAGCAGUAUGCAUCAGCUUUUCACUUUCUGAGCGCCGCCGUCAAUCUGCGGCCACGCAUGAGCGAGCUCUACAUGCUGCUGGCAGUCACCCUGACCAACCUGGACGAUGCUGAAAACGCCCGGCGGUCUUACGAGCAGGCCGUUCAGACGGAUGAGUCAGAGCCACUGGUGAACCUGAACUUUGCCGUGUUCUUGUAUAACCAGGACGAUAAGAAGGCGGCGCUCCUGCAGUACCAAGAAAUGGAGAGGAAAGUCAACGCUCAGGUGGAAAAUAACAGCAACGUCGAGUUCGACCCGGAGAUGGUUGAAAUGGCCCAGAAGAUGGCGACGGCUCUACAGGUCGCUGAGACUGUAUACUGGAGCAAAGUGGCUAAAGACUGUAAAAUCGCUCAACGGUCCUCAUCCAAUAAAGCCAGCAGCUCCCAGCAGCCCCUGGGCACAAACCAGACUCUGGGUCAGGCCAUGUCUUCAGCCGCAGGCUACAGCAAAAACAUUCACAACACCGCCGAGGCUGAGGUGAAUGUGGAGAACGCCCCCUCACCCCUCACAGAUCCUCCUGAUGAUGAUGAUGAUCAUGAUGUGGACGAGACGCCCGAAACAGGAAAACUCAAAGAGAAGAAGAAGAGAAAAGUCAAAGCCGUGGCUGAAUAGUUAGAUGUUAUGUGUGAAUGUAG